GUCUCCGUCCAACUUGCUUUAGUUACUUGAGUAGAUAAUCAAAGCCGGUAUGACUAUCAAGAUAGGGAAAUCAAUGUGUUAGAGAGAGAAGUACCUUUCCAAUGAGUAAGAGUGAGAAAGAUGCUGACGUCACAGCGAUGGAAUCUACCAUAGUUAUUUUCCACUAGAUGGCGCCACCAAUCCGCCAUUCUUAUUCCAAUUCGCCAUUUUUAUUCCAUUUCAGUAUUUUUAUUUAAAUUCGCCAUUUUUGAUCCAAUUUUCCUUGACAUUACGUUGAAGAAAUCUACCAUACCUAUUAGCCGCUAGAUGACGCCAUUUUUAGUCCAUUUUUAUUUAAAUUCACCAUUUUUAUUCCAAUUCGCUAUUUUUAUUCCAAUUUGUCUUGACACAGAUAUUACGUUGAAGGAAUCUACCAUAAUUCGUUCUAAAUAUGAUCUCAAAUAAAAUCCCACACAUAAAACAAAUUGAAUUCAUCGAUAUGAAAAAGAACUUCGACUGAGUUGACAAAGACAAAAAAAAUCUAGAAGGAAGAUAUUUAAUAGAAAAAGAUUGCAAAUUUUCAAAGCAAAAGUCUUUUAGACUAAUUCGAUUGUGAAAAUUAUAUAUACACAAGUAAAAAAUCGAACUCCUAUUGGUUCAAUAAAAAAAUGAAAUACAACAGCAUGUAAAAAGGCUUUAGUAUUUUCAGUCCUAUUGGUUCACGUGAUUAUUUAACAGAAUAAAAUGACAUAGAAAAAUGAAAUUUCCCUUCCUCGUAGAUACGCCACUGCUAAUAUGGAAAGAUAUAUUAUAUUAGAAACUUUAUUUAAUUUUAUUUAAUAGCUAAAUGAUAUAUGGAAAAAUAUUAUAAACUUUGCUUAAUAGCAAAGCAAUUAGAAGGUAAUUUAAAAAAUACGUCACAAAUUGAUGGAGAAAAUACAGUAAUUAAAGACCCAUCAAUAUAAUUACUGGACUUUGAUAUAAAAACGAGAAAAGCAGGGAAAAAUAUUGUAUUCGAGUUUUCGAGGCAGUUAAGUACAUUUGUCAUAUUGCAGUCAACAUAGCAGUAAGGUGAGUACUAUUUUUACUUUAUUCUGAUUUUUAAUUUAUAUUCUUACCGUGUUAUAUGCCAUUCUUCAAUAAAAUUAAACUAAAAUACUUUUGUGACUGUCUCUUAGAUAUAUAUUUUUUCGGUUUUAUUUUUCUAGUAUUUCUCAAUAUUUUUUGCUUCUUAUAUAUGAGAGUUUGCUUCUUUGUUCCUGAAGCCGAACUGAUUUUCACGUAUCCGUCUAUCAAUUGCCCAUAUGUGAUAGUUAUAUUGCUCUUUGUACAUUGUUGUCUCUUUUUAAUAAAUACAGUGCUUCUCCAUUCGUCUGGCUUUGUCCAACUUCCAUAAUUCUACUAAAUAAACCUGUUAGCCAACUUGUUUCUGUCUUUCUCAGAAAUAUCAUCUGACAUUCUUUGAUCCACUUCAAAGAGAGUGAAAUUUUGUAUAGCAAAAAUAAAUGAUGUGUCUUUUGGUUUCUGUUUUAUCUAGUGCUUCGUAGCGUUGCAGCAGGUUAGAAUCCCAAAUUUUUAGUAAUUUCGAUUUUAUUCAUACAUAUUAGAUCUAUGUUUGCUUAUUUGUAACUUGUGUAUAUAUAAUUUUCUUAAUCGAAUUACUCUAAAAGACUUUUGCUUUAAAAUUUUGCAACUUUUUUCUAUUCCUCCUCCUCCUCAGUCGUUUCCUCAUUGCUGAGUGUCGUGAUUCCCUAUAAUACGAGCGCAACUAUCUCUUUCCAUCUGCUUCUGUCCUGAGCUUCCCUCAUAUAGAUUCAGAGAAUGUUUUUCCACAGGCUUUCUGUAUUUGAUCCGUCCAUCGAGUAAGUGAGCAACCUCUACUUCCGCGCCCUUCAACAUUUCCCGAAAUUUUUUUCUAUUAGAGACCUUUAUUUUAGAUAUAUUUUAUAUAAAUCUCACACAAGAAAUGCAUUUUUUCUCGAUUUUUUCAUUUUAUUUUCGAAGAGAGUGAAUUUUAGUAUAGCAAGUUGUUAUUGUUUUAGGUGGAUUUAGCAAAAAAUAAGCAAGGUUUCAUCCAUUGUAGUGGAAACGAACAUCCAACAGUCAAAUUCAAAAUCGUUGAAACUUAGAAUAAAAAAAGAAGGUGGAUUUAGCAAAAAAUAAGCAAGGUUUCAUCCAUUGCAGUGGAAACGAACAUACAACAGUCAAAUUCGAAAUCGUUGAAACUUAGAAUAAAAAAAGAGGGUGGAUUUAGCAAGAAAUAAGCAAGGUUUCAUCCAUUGCAGUGGAAACGAACAUCCAGCAGCCAAAUUCAAAAUCGUUGAAACUUAGAAUAAAAAAGAGGGUGGAUUUAGCAAGAAAUAAGCAAGGUUUCAUCCAUUGCAGUGGAAACGAACAUCCAGCAGCCAAAUUCAAAAUCGUUCAAACUUAGAAUAAAAAAAGAGGGUGGAUUUAGCAACAAAUAAGCAAGGUUUCAUCCAUUGCAGUGGAAACGAACAUCCAGCAGCCAAAUUCAAAAUCGUUGAAACUUAAAAUAAAAAAGAGGGUAAGUGAUUUUGUUUUUUUUUUUUUAUAAGCCAUACAUAUAUUAAAAUGAUUAAGGAAAUAGUUAAGCAGUCGGAUAAUCUAUUAUUAACUAUUAAAAGACUACGCAAAAUAAUUUUUGAUAAAUUUACUUCAAUUGAUGCUAAAGUGUGGUUAAAGCGAUUAAAUGCACACAUUUACAAAUGUAAUAAUUUAAUUAAAGCUAAAAGAUUACCUGUAGGAACUGCUAGAAAAUUACAGUCAAACGUAGGACAUUUUAAACAUUUUCGAAGAAUAAUUUUAAAUUUUAAUAGACAUGUUGGUCUAGGACUUAAUUCAAAAUUACGUAAUAGAGUAAAAUGGGAAAAUGUCGCUUCAAGUUUUGCAAGCCGGAUUAAGACAGGGGUUAUAAUAAAUUUAUAUCAUAAGGAUGUAGGACCGUUUUUGGAUGAUGCUUUUGCGGUAUUUAGACAAAAAGUUAAAACUCUUUUGAAAUAUAAUAGAGUACUUAAAGUCAACACUACUUUGUGGGGAGAAUUUAUUAAAAAGACAGGUGACAGUGAGAGUUUAGAUUUGAUGCAUUUUAGCACUAAAAAUGUCAUUAUAGAUAGUUAUUCAACCGAUUUACACAUUUGGUUUAGCGAAAAUGUCAAAGAUAAAAUUUUUAAAAAAAUGUCUGAGUUUGCAGAAAAAGAUUCAGGUGCCGCUCUCUCUAAAGUAAUCUCAUUAGAAGUUAACAUCAAUAAAGUCGAAAUUGGGAACGGAUCAUCGUACAUUAAACUUCCUGAGCAAAUUCAAAAGCGUCGAGCAUGUAUAAAUAUCAAAAAUUAUGAUCAAAAUUGUUUUUAUUGGGCGAUUAUUAGCUCUCUUUAUCCUGCUAAAAUAAAUACAGAACGUACGUCGGCAUAUCCAUAUUACAGUACUGCGUUGAAAACGGAGGACUUGGAAGCUCCAAUGCCUUUAAGUCAUAUUACAAAAUUUGAAAAAAUAAAUACUAUAUCAGUGAAUGUUUAUGCUUUGGAAUUAAAUCAAAUUAAGGAAAAACAAUUUUACGAAGUAGUACCUGCUAGACUUACACAAAACAAGCUUGAUAGACAUGUAAAUUUGCUUCUAAUUCAGGAUAAAUAUUUUCCAAAGUUAAAUGAUUACGACGCUCCUCCUAGUGACGAUGAAAAUAUUGAAAUAAAAUAUCAUUAUUGCUGGAUUAAAGAUAUGUCUAGGUUGGUAAGUUCUCAGUUAAGCAAGAACGAACAUAAAAAAUAUAUUUGUGAUCGCUGCAUGAAUUAUUUUUCCAGCGGGAAUAAACUUGCGGAGCACGAAGAGUUCUGCAGAGACAUAAACAAAUGUAAAAUGACUGUUCCCAAAUACGAUCAUGUUGCUUUUAGAAAUUUCACAUACAAACAAACCACUCCCUUUAUUAUAUAUGCUGAUUUUGAAUGUCAGUUACAUAAUUUUACAGAUUCUAAUGUAAAACUGAGCAGAACAGCAAAAUACCAAAAGCAUGUACCUUAUAGUGCAGGCUAUUACUUUAACUGUGCUUACGAUGACAGCUUAUCAUAUUUUCGAAGCUACAGAGGUGAAAAUUGCAUGGAGUGGUUUGCAAAAGAAAUGGCUGAAAUAUCCAAAUUUGUCAAUUCUAAAAUAAAAUCAAUUGUACCUAUGGUUACAAAGCCUAGUACAAGUGAGGCAACUGCCUGUCAUAUUUGUGAGAAACGCUUUUUAGCUACAGAUAUAAUUGUGGUAGAUCAUGAUCAUUUUACCGGAGAGAUAAGAGGAUUUGCACACCAAGCAUGCAAUUUAAACUUCAGAAAGGUGUUUGUUGUGCCAGUAGCCUUUCAUAAUUUUAGUGGAUAUGACUCACAUUUCAUGAUUAUCGAUUUAUGCAAACAUGGGCACCUGAGCUUACUUCCUAUUAAUAAAGAAAAAUAUAUUUCUUUUACUCUACAUUCAGAUGAGCAUAAAAUUAGACUAAGAUUUAUCGAUACUAUGAGAUUUAUGGGAACUUCACUCGAUGAAUUAGCAUCACUUUUAGAUACUUCAGAGAAGAAGAUUUUAAAACAAGAAUUUUACAGUUUAGAUGAUAAUGCAUUUAACUUAUUAACUUGCAAAGGAGUAUUUUGCUAUGAUUAUGUUGAUAGUUUGGAAAAAUUAGAGGAAACUUCUUUACCUACAAUUAGUCAUUUUUAUAAUAAAUUAUGUGAUGAACAUAUUAGCGAACAGAAGUAUGCUCAUGCGCAGAAAGUUUGGUCUACAUUUGAAUGUAAAAAUUUGGGACAGUAUAGCGAUUUGUACUUAAAAACAGAUAUUUUGCUUCUGGCUGAUGUAUUUGAACAAUUUAGACAAAAAUGUAGGGAUACGUACCAUUUAGAUCCUGCGUGGUAUUAUACCAUACCAGGUUAUACAUGGGACUGUAUGCUUAGGUAUACAAAAUGUAGAUUAGAGUUAUUAAAAGAUGUGGAUAUGAUUUUGUUUAUUGAAAAAGGCAUAAGAGGCGGAAUAUCUGUGUGUAGUAACCGAUUUUCGGAAGCUAACAAUAAGUACAUGUCGACAUAUGACCCCACACAGCCCUCUAAGUACAUCAUGUAUUUAGAUGUAAAUAAUCUAUAUGGUUGGGCUAUGAGUGAAUAUUUACCUUUUGGAGGAUUUAAGUGGAUUGAAGAUGUAACCAAAUUUGGUGUUGCAUCUAAAUCCACUAAACUUCCCAAGGGUCAUAUUGAUAUUAUGUCAAUUCCGAAUGCUGCGAAGGAGGGCUAUUUCUUUCAAGUUGACUUAGAGUAUCCACGUGAAUUACACGACAAACAUAAAGAUUUUCCAUUUGCUGCCGAACACCGCAUUCCUCCCGGUUCAAAACUACCAAAAUUAUUGCCAACUCUUUUUAAUAAGUCAAAAUAUAUUAUUCAUUAUAGAAAUUUAAAGCAGGCUUUAUCCAACGGAUUAAUUUUAACUAAAAUACAUAAAGUUUUGAAAUUUAAUCAAUCUGCAUGGCUGCGACCCUAUAUUGAGUUAAAUACUAACUUACGGGCUGCAUCUAAGAGCAGUUUUGAGAAAAAUCUCUAUAAAAUGAUGAAUAAUGCUGUGUUCGGUAAGACCAUGGAGAAUAUAAGGAGGCAUAGAACUGUAAAAAUAUGUAAAAAUUGGAAUGGAAGGUAUGGAGCCAAAAACUUGAUUGCAAGUAUUCGGUUUCACAGUCGUACUAUCUUUAGUGAAAACCUAGUGGCCAUCGAACUAACCAAAUCAGUGGUGUGCUUUAAUAAACCUUUGUAUAUAGGUGCAGCAAUCCUAGACAUAUCAAAAUUAUGUAUGUAUGAUUUUCAUUACUCCUUCAUGCUUCCAACGAUGGGAGAAGAAAAUUGUAUGUUAUUGUACAUGGAUACAGAUAGCUUUAUAUAUGAAUUACAGUGUUUAGAUGCAUAUAAGGAGGUUUUAAAGGCACACAACUGUAAAUUCGAUACAUCUGACUAUUCGGAAAAUAACCCGUACAUGAUAGAACGGUUAAAUAAAAAAAUCCCCGGUCUAAUGAAGGAUGAAGCUAAUGGAAAAAUUAUUACACAUUUUAUUGGUCUAAGAUCAAAAAUGUAUACAUUUAAAUUACAAACAACUGAUGAAGAGAGAGAAAAUGAGAGAGAACGUUUAAAACUGAAACUAAACAAGGAACAAAUUGAUUGUGGUAUUCAAAAUUUAGGUAUAACCAAAAAAGCAAAAGGUGUAAAAUAUAAUGUAGUCAAAAAUAUAAUCACAUUUGAAGAUUUUGAAAAUUGUUUAAAAGAAUACAAAAUUAAAAGCACAAACCAAAGGUGUAUUCGGUCAUAUCAACAUUCAGUAUUCAGCAUAGAGCAAACAAAAACGGCCCUAAGUCCUUAUGAUGAUAAACGAUAUUUAAUACCAGAAUCCUUUAAGACGCUUCCCUGGGGGCAUUGUGAUAUACCUUAAUUUUUUAGCAAAAAUAUAAUCGCUUUAAGACGCUGAGGGCAUUUACUUGGAUAUUAAAAAUAUGUAUGGCUGGUGAAAAGACACAAUCACUUUUCCUCAGUAAUAUUUAAUAAAAUGACUAUUGUACAAUAUUAUUUUUUCAUUAUCCUUUUGUAAAUAUAUUACGAAAAUAAAACACAAGUGUUUAAAUACAUAA